GCGCUGGGGCUCGGCAACACCGGCGACCUCGUCUCGCGGGCCAGCAGCGCCAGAAGCGACAGCGAGUCCGUGCUCCGCAGCGCCGUCGACCGGCGUCUGCCGCGGCCCUAUUCACUGCCAUCGCGCACCGGAAAGUCGAGUCCCGCCAAGCGGCCGCGCCAACUCAACCCGGCCGAGGCGGCGACGCCGCCGAGUCGACCAGCGUUUUCGGUACGUCUUCAAAUACUCGAGUGCACCAUCACGCACCUCCUCUUCCUCGAGCUGUACGGCCUCAAGCUGGGCCAAAUGUCGCAGGCCGAGUUCGCCGCCUGGGCUCGGCUGGCCAAGAUGCCCAACACCGCGGAGCUGUACGAGGUGAUGCGGAGUGAGGCGAGGACGCAUCCGGCGCGCCGUCACCUGCUGGCCGCCGAGAACCGGUUUCGUGUCCAGAUCACCAUGGGCGACUGUCGGCCGAUCGGCUGCCCACGGACGGGCCCUGGCAACGGGGAGCACGGCGACUAUGUCCGCGAGUUGCACAUCUACGGCCAGAAUCGGUACACCGUGUGCGCGGCGGCGCAUCACAUCGUGAACAGCUUGAAGAAGGGCAACUACAGUCUGGUGAUCCUGCCGAAGAGCCAUCUCUUCUCGAUGCUGCCAGAAGCGGUGAGUGUGCAACACUUACGCAUCCGUCGGAGCAUAAUUCCACGGCGACAUCUCAUGCUGCGCAAGAACUCGCAGCUGUUUGCCAAGUCCGAGGCCUUUUGGCGACAGACCUCACCGGCGGAUCGUCUGUCACAAGUGGAACUAAAUCAUCCCUUUUUUAAGUUAAAGAAUCCCACCUCCGCAACGGCCGGAGACAGCCGACGAUACGUCCUGUCGCCCGGGCUCAGGCUCAAUUGA